GGGCCAUGGGGCGGGCGGAGGCGCCCGAAUCCCGCUUCCCCUGCGCCCUUCCACCCCCGGCCGUGCUCAGCCCGCGGCUACCUGCGCCCCGCCCCUGCCGGCCACGCCCGAGCCCAGCGCCGCGAGCCUCUCCCCGGAGGGCUGGCUUCUGGCCCCGGAAGCGGGAGCGCUGAUUUCUCUGCGAGUGGCUGCGUCUCCGCGGACAGAACGCGCGCCCCCUGGCCCAGCCCGCGAGGGGCUCCCGGCGUGGUCCCCGAGCGUUUCCCGCCGGGUGGAGCGGGCCGAGCCCGGCAGGAUGACCAGCCCCGCGGCCGCGCAAAGCCGAGAGAUCGACUGUUUGAGCCCGGAAGCUCAGAGGCUGGCGGAGGCCCGGCUCGCUGCAAAACGGGCGGCCCGCGCGGAGGCUCGUGAGAUCCGCAUGAAGGAGCUGGAGCGGCAGCAGAAGGAGAUCUAUCAGGUCCAAAAGAAAUAUUAUGGGCUGGAUACAAAAUGGGGUGACAUCGAGCAGUGGAUGGAAGACAGUGAGCGCUACUCUCGUAGAUCCAGAAGAAACACAUCGGCUUCUGAUGAAGACGAGCGCAUGUCAGUGGGUAGUCGUGGAAGCCUGAGGUCGCAGCCUGACUUGGAGUAUGGGGGUCCCUACGCCCGGACAAAUGGUUAUGAUGGAGAAUUCUAUGGAUCACAGUCCCUGAAUAGAAGAUCUGGCAGGAAUUCCAGCUACAGCAGCGACAGCAGAUUCUCUACUUUGCCAUCAUCCAGGGAGGAGAAGUUGGGACUCUCCGGCUCCAACCUUGGGCUUCCCGGUGGUGGCUUGGCUCCCACACCCCUCUCUGCCCCAAAUGGAAACUGGCCCUCCUGUCUAUACAGCGCUGCCCGGCCUUCAGGAAGUUACCGGGCGUUUGUGUUGGAUGAAGGCAGCUUCGGUGGGGCCCGACGGGGCAGCGUCAGUGGCUCCCGUGCUCCCUCGGAGUACAGCGGCCACCUCAACUCCAGCUCCCGUGCCUCCUCCAGGGCCAGCUCGGCCCGGGCCAGUCCUGUGGUAGAAGACAGACCAGAAAAAGAUUUUACUGAGAAGGGGUCUCGUAAUAUGCCAGGCCUGUCUGCAGCCACGCUGGCCUCUCUGGGUGGGACUUCCUCUCGGAGAGGCAGCGGAGACACCUCCAUCUCCAUCGACACCGAGGCAUCCAUCAGGGAAAUCAAGGACUCUCUAGCAGAAGUUGAAGAGAAAUAUAAGAAGGCUAUGGUUUCCAAUGCUCAGCUAGACAAUGAGAAGACAAACUUCAUGUACCAGGUUGAUACCCUCAAAGAUAUGAUGCUGGAGCUUGAAGAACAGCUGGCUGAAUCUAGGCGGCAGUACGAAGAGAAAAACAAAGAAUUUGAAAGGGAAAAACACGCCCACAGUAUACUGCAAUUUCAGUUUGCAGAAGUCAAGGAAGCCCUGAAGCAAAGAGAGGAAAUGCUCGAGGAAAUCCGACAGCUACAGCAGAAACAGGCGAGUUCUAUCAGGGAGAUUUCUGAUCUUCAGGAAACAAUAGAGUGGAAAGACAAAAAGAUAGGGGCAUUAGAGAGGCAGAAAGAGUUCUUUGAUUCCGUAAGGAGUGAACGGGAUGAUCUUAGAGAAGAAGUAGUCAUGCUGAAAGAGGAAUUAAAGAAACAUGGAAUAAUCCUAAAUUCAGAAAUAGCUACCAAUGGAGAGACUUCCGACACUCUCAAUAAUUUUGGAUACCAAGGUCCUAGCAAGAUGACGAAAGAAGAGUUAAAUGCCCUCAAGUCGACAGGGGAUGGGACCUUAGGAAGAGCCAGUGAAGUGGAGGUGAAAAAUGAAAUCGUGGCGAAUGUGGGGAAAAGAGAAAUCUUGCACAAUACUGAGAAAGAACAACACACAGAGGACACAGUGAAAGAUUGUGUGGACAUAGAGGUAUUCCCUGCUGGUGAGAAUACCGAGGACCAGAAAUCCUCUGAAGACACUGCCCCAUUCCUAGGAACCUUAGCAGGUGCUACAUAUGAGGAACAGGUUCAAAACCAAAUUCUAGAGAGCACUUCUCUCCCUGAAAACACAGCACAGGCUGAGUCAGAUGAGGUCAUGGGUGCACCAGAUGACAGGACCAGAACUCCCCUUGAGCCAUCCAGCUGUUGGAAUGACUUAGAUGGCGGGAACCACACAGGGAAUGUGGGAGAGGCAGCGGCGACUCAGGUUGGAGAGCAGGCAGGCACAGUGGCCUCAUGUCCUUUAGGGCAUAGUGAUGACACAGUUUAUCAUGAUGACAGAUGUACAGUAGAGGUUCCCCAAGAGUUAGAGACAAGCACAGGGCAUAGUUUAGAGAAAGAAUUCACCAACCUGGAAGCAGCUGAGCCCAAGGAGAUUCCAGUGCAGAGUACAGAAGUAGGUAGGGAUCACAACGAAGAAGAGGGUGAAGAAACAGUAUUAAGGGAUGAGAAACCAAUCAAGACAGAAGUUCCUGGUUCGCCAGCAGGAACUGAGAGCAAUGGUCAGGAAGCGACAGGUCCAAGUACAGUAGCCACUCAAAGUGAAUCCUUAGAUAUGAAAGAGCCUGAGGAAGGAAAGAAUGACCAACAGGGAGAGGCACUGGACUCAUCGCAGAAGAAGACAAAGAACAAGAAAAAGAAAAACAAGAAGAAAAAAUCCCCAGUACCUGUAGAAACCCUUAAAGAUGUUAAAAAAGAGUUAACUUAUCAGAACACAGAUUUAAGUGAAAUUAAGGAAGAGGAGCAGGUAAAGUCUACUGACAGAAAGUCCGCAGUGGAAGCCCAAAACGAGGCGCCUGAAAAUCCAAAACAGAAAAUUGCGGCAGAAAGCAGUGAAAAUGCUGAUUGUCCAGAGAAUCCUAAAAUUAAGUUGGCUGGAAAACUUGACCAAGAAGGCGAUGAUGUAAAAACAGCAGCUGAGGUGGUACUAGCUGAUGGAGACACAUUAGAUUUUGAGGAUGACACAGUUCAAUCAUUAGGCCCGAGGGCUGGUGGUGAAGAAUUAGAUGAUGGUGUUGCAAAAGAUAAUGCUAAAACAGAUGGUGCCACUCAGAGCAGUCCCGCAGAACCAGAGAGCGAAGACGCAGAUAGCUGCACACUGCCCGAAAAUGAAAGUCCCCCACAGGACAUUAGUGAUGCCUGUGAAGCAGAAAGUACAGAGAGGUGUGGGAUGUCAGAACAUCCAAGUCAGACCGUCAGGAAAGCUUUAGACAGCAAUAGCCUAGAAAAUGAUGACUUGUCGCCACUGGGAGGAGAGCCGGGGGACUUCAAUCCAGAAAGCAGAGAAGAUACCAGAGGAGGGAAUGAGAAGGGCAAAAGCAAAGAAGACUGUACCAUGUCCUAAGCUGAGGCAGGCGGCAGGUGUGGUGCACAGGAAGUCUGAGUGUAAGGGGCUCUUUUCUCCACUGCCAAUGUAAGUAGAAUGUUAUAAAUUCAUAGAGAUGCACUGUAUGCCAAUCACCAGGUGGUCUACUGCUUUAAGUUAUAGACUGUUACUUGUAGAUUUCCAUGUAAUCAUUGAGGUUAUCACCCAGAUUGGAAAGACAUAUUUGUUAUCAGUGUACGUUCUAAUUGAGAGCAUUCCAGUAGUAUCAAACAAUCAUGUCUACUGUUUAUAGUCCACUUAAUAAAAAUAGAAGCAUUUACCAUUUGCCUUAGGCUGAUAGGAAUGUGGAUAUUCUUGACCAAAUAUAUCAGCAUCUAAUUGAAAUGACCAAAUAGCAUUCUUAGACUUAUGUAUUAUGAAUAUAAUUGAUAUUUAAAUUAAUGUCUUGUUCACAUAUGUGUAUUUUCAUAUUUGAUUUUAAAAUGUACAUUAUAACCUGUAUGGUAUUUUAUUUAAAGGGGAUAAACAGCCAAAUAGCAAAUAGGUCACUGAAUGAUAAGAUUUGCACCUUAGAACAAGAGUCAUUUUAAGGAUAACAAGUAAACGUCUGAAAGCACAAGGGGCUUUAUUUGCCUUCACCUCAUAUAAGUCUUUGAUCUUGAAUCAAUGCUUUUGGAUCUCAUUGUUGAUAUACCUGAAUUUACUCUGUAGGAGAUUUUAACUUCAUGCUGAUGAUGUAUCAAUUUCAUUUUAUAGAAAGAUUUAAAGUUUUUUUCUGGUAGUGAUAUAUGUCAAAUUACAUUUCCUACUGCAGUAUUUGAGCAGGGACAGUCAUUUUUUAAAUGUUUUUGGCUGGGCUCGGUGGCUCACGCCUGUAAUCUUAGCACGUUGGGAGGCCGAGGCAGGUGGAUCACCUGAGGUCAGGAGUUUGAGGCCAGCCUGGCCAACAUGGUGAAACUCUGUCUGUACUAAAAAUACAAAAACUUGCCCAGGUGUGGUGGUGGGUGCCUGUAAUCCCCGCCAUUCUGGAGGCUGAGGCCGGAGAAUUGCUUGAACCUGCGAGGCAGAAAUUGCAGUGAGCCGAGAGCAAGCCGUUGUACUCCAGCCUGGACAGCAAGAGCGAAACUCUGUCUAAAAAAAAAACACAAAACAAUGUUUUCACGCCUGUAACCCUAGCACACUGGGAAGCCAAGAUGGGAGGAUCACUUGAGGCCAGGAGUUCAAGGCUGCAGUGAGCUAUGAUUGCACCACUGUACUCUAGCCUGGAAGACAGAGUGAGACCCUGUCUCUUAAAAAAAACAAAAAAACAAACAAGAUUUUGAACCGUGAAAUUACUUCUGUUUCUUUGAAUUUCUAAUCAUCAUUCAAAAGAGCAGUAAAAAAAGGUUACUUGUUCUUGUACAAUCUACUAAUUAGACUAUAGUAGAAUAUUUUAAAGAGCUGAAUCACUUUUGGUAUUUUGGUAUAAAUAUUUUCAUUUGUUAUGUCCCAGUAUAUUCUUAUUGGAAAAUUCUUGUUUUGAUCUGCCUGAAGAAAAUACCUGUUUUCUAUAUAAACAAACAUUUAAAAAAUAACUGUAAAGUUAGAUUUAAAAUUGUAAAAUAUAAAAUCACAAAGGAAUGUACCUUAUGAAUGUUGUCAACAUUUUAUGAAAUUAUGUGGAUUCAUAUUACUGUUACAAGAUAGAAUUGAAUGCAAAAAGACCAAAACCUCAAUAAAAUUUGAGGAAAACGUAAGUGUUAUUAUGUAAUUGAAAUAAAAACAUUUUAUAAUUGUA